AGUAAUCACUAACAUUGCCGACACACACAAAUGCAUGCAGGAUGAGAUAUUUGGACCUGUUACCUGCAUUGUACCAUUUGAAGCUGAGGAGGAGGUGAUCAUCAGAGCGAACAGUGUCAAGUAUGGUCUCUGUGCCAGUGUCUGGACACAGAAUGUUAGUCGAACACACCGUGUUGCUCAAAAGCUGGAGGUUGGUACAGUGUGGUGCAACUGCUGGCUGGUCAGGGACCUUAACAUGCCUUUUGGAGGGAUCAAGGCAACUGGAAAUAGUUUUGAUGGCUUGAAUGAAUCAUUUGAAUUUUACACGGAACCGAAAUCCAUUUAUGUAAAGGUCUAUGAAUGAGAAAUGCAUUCGCAGAUAUCAACAGUAUGUGGCGCGGUUAUAUAGGUUUAUGCCCGGUUGGCCUACUCCAAUUACACCUACUGUGAAAUUCACAUUUCGUCUAUACUCUAUAGUAAAACCCCCAGUUAGUCUACACCCAUUUCGCCUACUCCCAAUUUGUCUACACUAAAAAUCUACCCCAUUCCCAUUUUGUCUACUAUCAAUUUGUCCACUAAAUCAUUUAUAAGUGUAACUAUGGUUUUGAUUGACAUACAUGGACUACAGGAACCAAAAGAAGACACAAAUAAUGAGAAUAUAACUUGACAAAAAUAGAAAAUACGGUGUAGGAAUGUACCAAAUUCUAACUUAGUCUACUCUCAAAUUGUCUAAUAAAUAGACAUAUAUACAUGUCAAAUGCAGGGCUGACAAGCCUCAUGCUUUUGGCAUGAGACUUACGGAAUUCACCACAAUCUCACGCUCUCACGCACAUUUCUGAUAGUCCCCGAAAAUCUCACGCAAUAAGCCAGUUCAUAGUUACAGUCUGUGCGCGAACUUAGCCACGAAUUCUUUCGGGUCAGGUCAUUUGUGACAAAAUAUUUCGUAUUUCGAUCGUACGGUGCACAAACGCAUGCAU